CCGAGCCCAGGCCCCAGCGCAGGCCCGAUCCCCGGCCCAUCCCCGGGCCGAGCUCCGCCCCGUGCCGUCACUGCGCGGCGCCGCGGCCGCGGGCUGGGGGCCGCCAUGGCCUCGGGGGGCGCCGCCGCCCGGGCCCCCGCCGAGGAGCCGCCUUCGGCCGAGCCCCCCGCCGAGCAGAAGCCGCCGCCGCCUCCGCCUCCGCCGGCGCAGGAGGAGUUCUCCUUCCUGCCGCUCGUCCACGAUAUCAUCAAAUGCAUGGACAAGGACAGCCAGGAUGUUCACCAGGUGCUGAAUGAACUCAAGAACAAGUUCCAGGAGAUGAGGAAGCUGAUCAGCUCCAUGCCCGGCAUCAGCGUCAGCCCGGAGCAGCAGCAGCAGCAGCUGCAGAGCCUGCGGGAGCAGGUCCGGACCAAAAACGAACUGCUGCAGAAGUACAAGAGCCUUUGCAUGUUUGAAAUCCCCAAGGAAUAGGAAGGGGGCAGCUCUGCUCGCAGGGCCGGGGACACCUUUCCUGGCUGUACAGAGAGAAAAAGGUGUCAGAAGUUCACUUUUCUUUUUUAUAUGCUUUUUUUUUUUGUCACGUCGCUCUGAAGUCGUGCCUGUGGAUCACAGGCAUGUGACACCGAACCAGAACAGUUCUUGUGUGCCUCGCAUACGAUGAUUACCGCGGUGUCUUCACGUUGAUCUGUAGGACUGUGUGCAUUUAUACAUGCAUCUCUGGUUUUUCUCUCAGUGUGUGUUUGUUUUCCUUUUUUUCAUUCAAGCAAGCAGGGGGCAUUGUGUUUUCUCCUCACUAAAGAUCAAAAUACCUGCUGGUUAAAUUGAAAAGGAAAAAGGGGGCAUUUUCUGUAUUUUUUUUCACUUCUGAAUGGACAAAAACGGCCAAACAUCAAAAGGGAGCAUAAGAAAAAAGCACGAGCUGUUUGGCCCUGCUGCUGGAAAGGGUCUCUGGGGCACUUUGCCGUUUGUGUGUGUAAGAGCGGAUCGAUUGCUCUCAGUUUUGUAUGUCUCUCUCUGUUUUUAAACAAGUGGUGGUUGUGUCUCAGAUGGGUCAAGUAAAGAUUGAGAAACUCCAAA